CUUCACUCCCUCUCUCGGCAUCAGAUCACUCCCAAAGACAGCCAGAGCGAGAGGGUCUUCCUUCUGACCGCCCGCCAUGUCCCUCUCCUGCCGCCUGCACACUCUAACCAGCUCUAUUCUCGCAAAACGUCCAACCAGCGUCGUGUCAACACUGUCGUUCUCGGCAGCAAAACCUACACCGGCGACCUUGAGGGCAUGAUGGGCAAAAUCGGGCGCGAGCUCAUCCUCAUCAGGACGGACCAGAGGGAGCUUGAUAAUUUGGGGGGAGGACGUUGAGGGGGAGAAGGCCAGGAGAACUAGAGCGCGAGAGGACUACCAGGCAGCGUUGGCGAAGGCGAUGCAUACAGUCUCUGGCGUGAACGACUUCCGUGGUGACAUCACCAAGCACUAGAGCAUGCUGAGCCAGCGCGUGCUCGGUUACGUCCUCCACGCCCCUCCCAUUUCCUGCGCUACCGACCCCAAGCAGCUCACAGAGGACUGGGCCUUGGUCGAUCUCAACCUUGACAAGAUUGAUUGGGACACGUUCAAGGGCAAUGUUCUCUAUCUCUGCAGCAAGAUCUCGUCAGCUGCCUUUGUCCUCAGGAUGCACCCUCAUCCCGAAGGCCAAUCGGACCUCAAAUACCCGCUUGGUGGCCUCCUCCAAGUUAAAGGCGUCGUCAAGGAGGCCGAACUACGCAGCCCGAAGCAGCCCGAGGCCUACAGCGAGGAGCGCCUUCUCGUAGUCAAGACCAUGGGAGCCACUAUUGGUCGCAUGACAGGUAUCGAGUCGGUCAUCCGCGAGUACGACCAGUAUGGCCUCAAGAAGACGUCUCUGGAAGUUGCUGUAUACCCCUACAACCAUAAAGAUGGCGCGUUCUCUGCCUCUGGUGACUCUGGUUCCAUCGUCGGACUGGUCACAGGCGAUUCCGGCACGACGGAGUCUACUGAUCUGACCUACAUCACGCCGUAUUUCUGGCUCGGGGAGCACGUUAAGAAGGUCUUUGGACUUCUAGGUCGCGGCAUCAAUGCACAACGAUAUCGGGGACGCUGGCGAGGCGUCUCGAUCCUUGUCUUGCCUCUUCGUAUGCGAUUGUGCGACUUCGUCUCUUUCCAUCACGCUCUUUUCCUUCCGUCACGCUCGUUUAUCUAUCAGUUCGUUGUCGGUACCGACGUGGUAGAUUGCUGUUUAGGCAUGAGACUCGUCGACAUGUCGUCUGCGUCUUUGACGACGUGAUUCGAUUAGUUGGUCCUUCGCGGUGGCAUCAUGAGUUUUUUUUUCGGACAUGUGCAACGCAGCUAGUACUACCACCCUCCCAACUCCUCUGGCCUACUCCUCUAGCCCCUCUCGAUCGCUUAUGUGAAUCUCAUCUUGAAAUAACAGUGUUCAUGUCGUGUUUACCUUGCGUGCGAUAAACCAAAGUUCGAUACCUAGGUAAAGUCGACUUAGGCACUUGGUACUCUGGUACUACACUGGCAAUGGCUUGUCUCUCUUCUCGCUCGCCACUUCAAGGUCCCGACUAUAACUUCGUCUGACGAUUUCGUCCUAAUGAGAUAAUUGCUAAGGUCUUGGGAAUAUCAUCUCGGACAGGGUGCUGGAGAGGUGAUGCCGACAUAGACAGUCAGUUUUGUAGAGAUUCUUGAAC